AAUAAACAUCUCUCUCUCUUUUCUGUAGACCGGGCAGACAGAUAGGAAGCAUAGAAGCCAAAGGCACCCGAUUCCUUAAAGCAGAUGCAAAGGUAGAGGCUGCUGAGGGAAUCGCCUGCAGCCAGUCAUUGCAUGCCUGCUUGCCCAGCUGCGAGGUUGCACAGUCCUCCAGCACUGCCCCCUUUCCCCCCUCCUCCUCCUCCAGCCUAGUUCUUUAGCGCUGUCACUUAUCUGCACAGAGAGAGAUCUCCUCUUCAGUGAAAGAACUGGCAGCCUCAGUCCUUGCCACAUCAGUAGGAGAGGAAACGGCUUCCGAAGAGGCAUGGCCGGGGGAGGCUUCAAGGCUGCAGCAUCCUUGUGCCUGGCCUGGGCCCUCUCCCUAGCUCUGGCCUCUUUCCCUCAGCUUGUGAGUGUCAGGGUGGACUGGACUCAGGAAAAGUACUCCCACCGUCCAACCAUUUUAAAUGCAACUAUCAUCCGACAAGUUGCUGGGCACACAGAUGUCAAUCAAAUGCGGCAAAAUGACCUGCACCCGAUACUGAUUGAGAGAUAUCCAGGAUCACCUGGCAGUUAUGCUGUGCGUCAGCAUAUCAAGCACCGUUUGCAAGGACUACAGGCUGGAUGGGUGGUUGAAGAACACACGUUUCAGAGUCAUACUCCUUAUGGAUACCGCACAUUUUCAAAUAUCAUCAGCACCCUCAAUCCCCUUGCCAAGCGCCAUUUGGUGCUUGCUUGCCAUUAUGAUUCAAAAUACUUUCCACCACAGUUGGAUGGCAAAGUGUUUGUUGGAGCCACUGACUCAGCUGUGCCCUGUGCUAUGAUGUUAGAAUUGGCACGUUCCUUGGACAGACAGCUUCACUCUCUGAAGAAGACGAGCUCAAGUGCCAGGCCAGAUCUCUCCCUGCAGCUCAUUUUCUUUGAUGGUGAAGAAGCCUUUGUUCGAUGGUCCCCUUCAGAUUCUCUGUAUGGCUCUCGGCACUUGGCCCAGAAAAUGGCAUCUACACCUCAUCCUCCAGGUGCCACACAUACAAAUCAGAUUCAGGGCAUUGAUCUUUUUGUCUUACUGGAUUUAAUUGGAGCUCGGAACCCAACUUUUCCCAUUUACUUUCUGAACACAGCUCGGUGGUUGGGGAGACUGGAAGCUAUUGAACAAAACCUUCAUGAUUUGGGUUUGCUAAAGAACUAUGCUCCUGAAAGGACUUAUUUCCGGAGUGACUUACGAAGACAUCCAGUAGAGGAUGACCAUGUCCCGUUUUUACGAAGAGGGGUUCCAGUUCUACAUCUGAUCCCAUCUCCUUUCCCUAGAGUGUGGCAUACCAUGGAAGACAAUGAAGAAAAUCUUGACAUGCCUACCAUUGACAACCUCAUCAAAAUUCUGCAAAUGUUUGUGAUGGAAUAUCUUAAUCUGUGAUGACCCACUUUUGGUACUCACUAAAUGGCUGCUCUGUUUUAAA